AUGUGUUAUAUCUUAUCUGAUCAGCAAUUAUGCGAAACAUUUGAUCAAUUGGAUAUCAAUCAAGAUGGUCGUUUAAGUCGAAAUGAAAUAGCAGUGUUGUGGAAGAUAAUAAAUGUUGAACCAACAAGGGUCGAACUGGACUUUAUCUUUCAAGAAAUGGAUCCAAAUAAAACAGGUUCAAUCAGUAAAGAGGAUUUCAUACGUUAUAUGAGUACACCGCCAGCUCAUCGUACAACUCUUACCGAACUGGAACGAUAUUUUCGAUUAUAUGAUAAAGAUGGUGAUGGUGCUAUCACAAUUGAUCAAGUAUUAAAAAUCCUGGAGGAAACAAUCAAAGUGACGGAUCGUGAAUUAAUUGAAGAAAAAUUCCAAUUGAUUGAUACAAAUCAUGAUGGGCGAAUUUCAUUUGAUGAAUUUAUGAGUAUGAUAAAAGAAUCGUAA